AUGAAGUCUAUGAAAAUUUUUCAAAGUAGAAUCUAUAUUUAAUUGUUAAGUUAAGCUUAGAUAAUACUCAUAGGUGAUUAUAAUUAAGGUAUUAAAUAAGGAAAUUGUGAAUACCAUUAUUAUUCUUUUCAUAAGAAUAUACCUAAAUGUAUUGAAUAAAAGCUAUUGAUAGAGGAGGCGGACAAUAUGAAAAUGGUGUAAAAUAAGGAAAGUGGGCUGAAUUAUGUGAAUAAUUUAGGAAGUUGUGAUUAUCAAUAUAUUUUAGAGGUUGCUUCAUCACUCUUGUAGGGUUAAUGUCGAUGGUAAGAAACAUGGAUAGUGGAAUCAGGAGCAUAAGUAGUAUGAUAAAGAAAACUUUAUG